GAAACAAAUCCACUUUUGUUGUUCUUGUUCUCUCAUUCUUUCUUUUGUUUCCUGAUGAAUUCCUUAGCUCCAGCAAAAGUUCAGACCAGAAAACAGCCAUUGAGAAUGAGAUUUCUAAACAUGGUGACCAUUUUUGUUCUACUCUUAGCAUUUCCUUCUCCUUUCCUUAGAACAGUGGAAUCACUAAAUUUCAACAUAACAAACUUCGACGACCCUGAGAGUGCAAAAAACAUGGCGUACAUGGGUGACGGCAAAACAAAGAAUGGUUCCGUAGACCUUAACAUAGUUUCGUAUUUAUUCCGUGUCGGGAGAGCCUUGUCUGCACAACCUUUGCACCUUUGGGAUUCGUCUUCAAGAGUUGUAACAGACUUCACAACACGCUUCACUUUUUCUAUUGAAAAAAGAAACGAUGAAACGGGUUCCUACGCUGACGGUUUCGCCUUCUAUAUAGCCCCUCACGGCUAUCAGAUUCCUCCAAACGGUGCAGGUGGCACUUUUGGCCUUUUCAAUGGCUCUUACAAUAGCUUCCUUCCCCAAAAUCGCAUUCUCGCUGUUGAGUUUGACACGUUUAACGGCUCAAUUGACCCUCCAAUGCAGCACGUUGGCAUAGACGAUAACUCUAUCGUAUCUGCGACUUACGGAAAGUUUGAGAUCGACGAAAAUCUGGGGAAGAAAUGUAACGCUUUGGUAACCUACAGUGCUUCCAACAAGACCCUUUUUGUGGCUUGGUCCUUCAACGGAACCGCAACGAGAUACUCCAAUUCUUCACUUUCUUACCAGAUAGACCUCUUGGGAAUUCUACCCGAGUGGGUUGAUGUUGGGUUCUCUGCUUCCACCGGCGAACUCACCGAACGAAACAUCAUUCACUCGUGGGAGUUCAGUUCCACGCUGAAUUCUUCCACUGCUUCGAAAGAUAAUCCCUCUGGUGGCAAUGAGAAGAGGGGGAAUGGGUUGAGCAGGGCUAUGGUGGUUGUGGUGGUGGCGUGUUCAAUGAUUUUGGUGGCCGUGGCAGCGAAUGUUGCAGCUUGGAUAGUAAUCAUGAAGAAGAGAAGGGGUAACGGCGAUUGUGGUUAUGAUGAGGUUGGUAAAGGUCGUUCGGCUAGGUUUGAUUUGGACAGGGAAACUAUACCGAGAAGGUUUGAUUACACAGAACUAGUUGAAGCCACGAAAGGGUUCGCGGAUGAAACAAGGCUUGGAAGAGGAGGCUCGGGACAGGUUUACAAAGGGGUUCUGAGCCAUUUAGGGAGGGUUGUUGCUGUGAAAAGGAUUUUCACUAACUUUGAAAGUUCAGAGAGGGUUUUCAUCAACGAGGUUAAGAUCAUAAGCCGUCUUAUACACAGAAACUUGGUGCAGUUCGUAGGGUGGUGCCACGAGCAAGGAGAGUUUCUGUUGGUUUUUGAGUACAUGCCCAAUGGAAGCCUCGACACUCAUCUCUUUGGCGACAAGAAAACUCUGACCUGGGACAUUAGGUACAAGGUAGCGUUGGGAGUGGCUUUGGGACUUCGUUAUCUUCACGAGGAUGCGGAGCAGAGUGUUCUUCACAGGGAUAUUAAGUCAGCGAAUGUGUUGUUGGACACAGAUUUUAGCACAAAGCUUGGAGAUUUUGGGAUGGCAAAGUUGGUGGAUCCAAGGUUGAAGACUCAGAGGACAGGGGUGGUGGGGACUUACGGGUACCUUGCCCCAGAAUACAUGAACGGAGGUAGGGCUAGCAAGGAAUCAGACAUUUAUAGUUUUGGGGUUGUGGCUCUUGAGCUUGCAUGUGGAAGGAGGACUUACCGUGAUGGAGAGUUUCAUGUGCCUCUGAUGAACUGGGUGUGGCAACAGUAUGUGGAAGGGAAUGUGAUGGAUGUUGUUGAUGAGAGAUUGAAGAAGGAGUUUGAUGUGGAUAAAAUGAGAAGCUUGAUCGUUGUAGGGUUGUGGUGUACUAACCCUAACGACAAGGAAAGACCAAAGGCUGCAGAAGUAAUAAAAGUUCUUGAGCUAGAAACGCCAUUACCAGAGCUUCCACUUGAUAUGCAUGAUCGUCCUUCUUUUUCUCUAAGUUCUUACACGCAUGCACUACCCAAUUAUAAUUCCUUACAAUCUCUACCCUUCACUAACAGUUUUGUCACUACUGGACGUUAAUUUGAAGUCAGGUUCUGAUGAUAAGUUAUGCGUAGUUUAUUUCGUUUUAUUUUAUUUUUGAUGUUGGUUUUGUUACAAAGUAUUUAGUGGUAGUGGUUGGAAGAUGAUCUGUUUUCUGUUUGAAAAGUCAUGGAUGAACAUCUAAAUACUAGAUGUCACUGAUAAGGAUAUGUAUUA